AGACAAUGCCCUUAGCACUCGAUGAUAAUGAUGCAACCCGCAAAGUUCUAAUCGAAGGUGGCAACAACAAUGACUACGAUGACUACACCAACCCAGAAAUCGACGAUGAUGAUGACGAUGAUAGUGUCGAUGAGACUUCUUCUUUCCUCUAUGUCAUCAAUACAAUCCUAAGCGGCACCGCUCGCCUCAACGUUCUCUUGCCCACAGCAACCAUCCUCGCAUUCACCAUCUUUGCUCCUCUCCUAACCAACGAUGGCAAAUGUGAUAACUUUAACCGUUGGCUCAUGGCUGUCUUCCUUGGAAUAUCAGCAGCUUCAUGUGUUUUCUUCACAUUUACAGAUAGUUUUCGAACAGCUUCAGGGAGAUUAUAUUAUGGGAUUGCAACAAUUAAUGGGAUUUGGACGUUUAAUUAUGGAGGUAGAAAAAGACCAUGUAGGCCAAGUGAUUAUAAGCUAAGGUGGGCUGAUCUCUUCCAUGCAUCUCUUUCGUUGAUUGCGUUUUUAACGUUUGCAGGUUCGAAUUAUGAUGUUGUGUUGUGUUAUUAUCCUUCAAUGCCAAGGAUGGUGACCAACACGGUUCCUCUUGUGGUUGGAUUUGUUAUAAGUGUUUUGUUUGUAGUGUUUCCUUCCAAAAGAAGGGGUAUUGGGUAUCCUUUCUUGCUUAGGAGGGACGCUUUGUACUUUCGAAGCUAAGAUAGA